GGCAGCAGUUCAAAAUUCACAACCCUCCUAGAUUACCAUCUCAAACACCCUCACCAUGAAAUACAACUUGAAUCCAAUGAGCCUUACGUUGCUCAUUUAUCUAACAGCUAUCCUCAAUGCAGGCUUCUCAAACGCCAAGUCCCUAGAAAAAAGGGUUCUUACUCCAACUGGGAUUUCACGAGCUUGUAAUAACUUCAGGUUUGAAAAUGUUCACUAUGGAACAACUGUCUGUGUUGGGCUCUCCGGCACUGAUUUGAUUGUCACCUACCCGGAGGUUUAUGUCUGGCCUAAUACUACCCCUUUCCCAUAUGAGAGUGCCGAUGUCUGGAUUGGUACCGGCCAGCCACCCAGCACCUCUCCAGGCGGAUAUCCAUACAGAACUAAUAAUGGAUACUGUACCUUUAACAGUGGGCAUACCGCGGUUACAUGCAAAAUUCCCUUAAACAAGUUCACCAACAAUGCAUGUGCCGGUGUGCCAUUCAAUAUUAUCACCCAUGCACAUGUAACCGAUCAAGGAGAGGCAUGGGGUGGAUGGGAUUGCGUUGAACCGGACUGCGAUCCCAAGAACUACUAUUGGUCAUUUGAUAUUACGUGUGAGGAUAUCAAGACAUGCUACUGCUGCCGUUCUGCAGUGAAUCCUUUUGGGUCUUUCAAAGGUGCGGGAUCAGGAUGUCGAAAAUGCCCAGAGUGUCGUGUGGGAAAUGAUGCUCCUUGUGCCAGUCCACAGCCUAGAAAACUGUGCUGUGACAAAGUUAUUGCUAGCGGCUCAGAUCCAAAUAUUGGAGUUGCUUGUGCGUGACUAAAAGGUUCACCGUGAUUGGCAAGUAUGUUAUGGGCGGCUGCUUUGGUCUUAUUUUCUUCAUUCUGCUAGUUUAUUUGAGGCGUGAGAGUAAUAUGAAGUAAUUGAGCAG